CCCAGUCAGAUUCUGUUCACCAGGCUGACACUCAGAUUUCCCACCUCCCUCCAACCCUUCGCAGAUCUUCCAUGGCCCCCCUCCCUCUCAGAAAUCCUUCUCGAUCUCUUCUCAGACUGACUCACAGCUGUGCUUCCCAAACGGUGGGUCACUAAAUGGUCAGGAACUUACGGCUGUCAUCAGAGACAGUGGACCAGUGAAACUCACUGAGUCUGAACCAGGGAUUCUUGACUCGCCUGGUGGAUCAGUGCCUGGGCUGGAACUGAAGCUUGGAACAAAGUUAGAGAGACUUUGUACAGGGAUGUAAAUAGCAGGGACUUUGCUUUCCCAACACUCGCUGCGUUUCUGUCGAAUUUCCAAUAGGAUUUAUUGGAGAUGGCCUUGUACUUAUGGCUCCAAAUCCCAUCUAUGUGACAAGUGCAGAUCCUUGCUCUAUGUCUAUCAUCUGUUCAUGACCCUCCUGUGAGGGGAAACAUCCUCUCAGCAUUUACCCUGUGAAGCCUUUAUGAACCCACUGCGUUUCAAAGGGACCACCACUCAUUCUUCAAAACUCCGGUCCUGUGGACUAACGAAACCUACAUUCUGCAAUGGAAAGCAAUCCCUUGGAAGAGCAUAGGCCUGGCCUACUGCCCUGGUUUAUUGCAGCUACUCAGAUCCUUGGCCUGGCUGCUGUGGUCAUGACUGGUGUGUGGAUGGGUCACUACGAAGGGGGGUUUGCAUGGAAUGGAGGCUCACUGCAGUUCAAUGUGCACCCUCUCUGCAUGGUGGUCGGAAUGGUCUUCCUCUACGGAGAUUCAAUCCUGGUGUACAGAGUGUUCAAACAUGAGACCAAAACUACAGUGAAGAUUCUACAUGCAGUCCUCCACCUGAUUGGAUUGAUAGCUACCAUUGUUGGUUUGGUUGCGGUGUUUCGAUUCCAUUCGGCCCAGAAUAUACCCAACAUGUACAGCCUACACAGCUGGUGUGGCCUCAUAACCAUCAUUCUCUUCUGUGUACAGUGGGUAGUAGGAUUUGUAUUUUUCCUGAUUCCUGGUGUGGCCUAUUCUCUCCGAGCCUCAUACCGGCCUCUACAUGUCUACUUUGGGCUUGCACUGUUUAUUCUGGCUAUCGGGACUUGCCUGCUGGGGAUCACAGAGAAGCUACUCUUCUCCAUCAGUGACACCUACUCGAAAUUUGCGGCAGCAGGAGUCCUGGCGAAUGUGUUGGGCCUGGUGUUGGUUGGCUUUGGGUUAACAGUUGGUUAUGUCGUGACACGCAGUGAAUGGAAACGGGUAACAAGCCCAGAGGAGGAAGCUCUGUCCAUGCACUUCAAAACUUUGACGGAGAGGGACAGCCCUGAUUCACCACAAGGAUCAUAAAUGGUUAAAUCAAGUGCAUACCAAUAGCAACCUGGUAAUGCUAUGUGAGUGAGUGACUAAAUAGCAUGUGGUUUGUUGAUAUCUCACUCUGUAUCUUUCUCAUUAAUAAAACCCAUGACGAUUUUCUUCUCUGAUAAUGUCAAGUUGUCUCAACACCCCAGUAUCUGUAUUUGAGGGUGAAUCAGCAGUUGUCACUUUGCAAAAAAGUAAGAAUUAAAAACUGGUUAAGUUAAAGGAUAACAGUUAAAAUUUUACCUCAGCGAGACACAAAUACCAGGCUGUUAAGUUGACCUUGUGUGGAAUGAGCUUGCGUAGCCUCAGCCCAGUUCCCAUUGGACCAUUGAACCAUGGUAACCCUAGAGAGGCUGAAAGGCAAGUGUAGGAAUCUUGAUCAAUACCCUCCUGAUUUAAGAUUGACACUAUGGCAUGGGAUAAGAUUGGUGUAAUGUGAGAUUUACUCAGCCAGUCCUGGCCUCCUACUUGUUGGCAUAAGGUUGUCGAGCAUCAUCACCCCUUAACUUCACCAGUACCAAAUCAAAUCUUACAUCAAAGUUUAGGCUAGACUAUGAAGAGUUUUGAAAUAAAUCGGUAGGAUUUAUUAUUAGAUAAUAAAAUGUGAGG